AUGGGAUGGGAAAACGCUAGCAGCUAUUGUCAUGAGUCAGAUUCGUGGCUGAUUGCCACCUCAAACGAGGCAACACAAAGCUAUAUCCAUUUUAAUACUAGGGGGAUGAGUAAAUGGAUCGGUCUAUUUCGAGUCGAUAAUAACUGGUUCUGGGACUCAAACAAUUCACCAAUUCCAUUGACAAACUCUUCUUAUCAAAACUGGAUGGGUGGAGUAAUGCCGCCUGUUGAUCCGGUGAACAAUUGUGCAAUCAUGAAUCAUGACGGCUACUGGGUGGCUGUCGAUUGCAAUGAUCCAUAUAACUUUGUUUGUCAACAAGACAGCCAACCAUCAUCA